GAGCAAUCCCUAUAACUACAACGACGCUGCCUUGGUAUUGGAAACAAUCAGCCAUGUCUACGAUUCCGUCGCCGGUGUUCUUCUCCGAUGAUCUCCUCGUCGAGAUCCUUUCAUUACUUUCUGUGAAAUCUCUACUUCGAUUUAGAUGCGUAAGUAAGUCUUGGAACGCUCUAAUUUCUGAUCCCAAUUUUGUGAAAUUCCAUCUCAAGAGAUCAAAAUCACAAAAUCAACUCUUCACACUAGUCACUAAAUACAUCAAAACUAUUAUGGGAGAAUCCCCUUACGGAAGUGACUAUGAAUCUGAGACUGAUUACGGUAUCAUUCCAUACCCUAUACCCCGUUUACUCGAUAACCCGUCCUUUACCCUUAUCACUGAUCCUCGCUCUCUAUUGAAUGAAAAAGACUGCUCUGGUAUAGCAGGUUCCUGCAAUGGGUUGAUUUGUUUGACUGGUUAUCGUUCCAUUUAUUGGUCCGAUGAUGAUGAAUUAUAUGACUACUGGCUACGUUUAUGGAACCCAGCCACUAGGAAAAUAUCUCCAAAAAUUGGUUGUUUUCGUGAUCUUCCUGGUUUCGUCUUCAAUUUUGGUUGUGAUGAUUCUACCGACACUUUUAAAGUGGUUGCAUCACGUUACAUUCGUGAUCGUUUGACAAGUGAGGUUAGAGUUUUCAGUUUAGGUGAUAAUGUUUGGAGAAAUAUUGAAAGUUUCCCUGUUGUCCAUCUUAAUUUGUAUUAUGAAGGAUUUGAGCAUACUGAUGUGUUUCUUAACAGCACUUUUAACUGGUUGGCUAUUUACAAUGACAUCCCGAUCACUUGGUAUUGGUUUCCUGAUCUGGAGGAUAUUACUGUCGAGCAGAUUGUUAUUGUUUCACUUGAUUUGGGGACUGAGUCAUACAACCAAUAUCGGUUGCCUCGGGGUUUUGAUGAGAUGCCGACUGAGGAGCCAACCGUUGGUGUGUUGAGGGACUGUCUUUGUUUUUCUUAUUCUUACAAGGAAACCGAUUUUAUUAUAUGGCAUAUGAAGGAAUUUGGGGUUGAAGAGUCUUGGACUCAAUUUCUUAAAAUUAGUUAUCAUGAUCUUCAGUUGAACUAUGACUUUAGUGCUGUUACGCUGAAGUAUCAUCUUCAAUUCUUGCCAGUGUUUCUUUCUAAGGAUGGUGAUACACUGGUAUUGUCUAGUAGUCAAGAAAGGGAAGCAAUUCUCUAUAAUUGGAGGGAUCAUAGAGUGGAGCGAACAGGAGUCACUCUGCAUAAAACUAGUUUUGAUGAUGGAAAUAGAAGUUAUUUAUAUUGGGACUUUGCCAAGGGUUUUGUUGAAAGCUUAAUUUGGAUUUUUUGAAUCUUGAAAAUGUACUUCAGAUGCUUCACAGCGAUGUGGCUUUUCGGAACAAAGGUGAUGUUGGAUGGAGGAAAACAAUAAGAUGCCGGGGAAAUUACAUUGCGUAGAACGUGAAGGGAAAAUCCAUAUUCAAGAUCAAUUGUUCUGUUUUUUCCUUACAUGUUCUGGUAGCCAGACUACAACAAACCCUUUUACAAGGUGGACAUCAUGAAAUGACAAAAUGCUUCAAACCCUUUUGAUUAUUUAUAUUAAUCUUUUUAUGUACAAAAAAGAAGAUGAUCAAGAAUAA